CUUCCGAGCAUACCUAAAACGGCCCCUUUUGAAAGAAAUCGAGAUUCCAUUUCUCAGACCUUUCCAGAUUUCUAGAGAGAGGGAGAGAGCGCGUGAAAAUCAAUCACCAUCUCAUUUUGUUCUGAAAAUUUAAAACUUUCUCGGAAAAUAAAUACAAACACGCUCGGAGAUCUAUAAUGAUCGAACCUGGAUUAGAAUAGGUUUCUAGGGUUUCGAUCUGUGUUUUUUUUUUGUUCGUUUGCCGCAAACGUUUCAAUUUCGGAUUCAGUUAUUUAACGCACAAAGUAUUUGAGAGGAAUCGCGAAUAUCUAGGUUUUUCUAGGGUUUGGUUUCGAUUCAAUUGGUGGAGAAACGAUGAACGAUCAGUCGCAGAUUCUGAAUAAGCAGCCUUCGCAGAUGAUGAACCAGAUGAUGAGCCAGCCUCCGCCUACGCAGAUUCAGAUGAUGGCUCAGUCCCAGGCGCUGAGCCAGUCUCAGCAGCCGCAGAUGAUGAUGCUCAACCGGAGCUACAACAAUCAAGUGUGGCCGCAACAGGUGGCUUCGAUGGAUCAUCCUAACAAGAAGUUCCAGAGCUCUUCUUCUUUGAAGCCGAAUUAUGUCAUGACGGCCUCGAAGCCGUCGUUGAAGCCUGGACGGGGCAAUUGGAAGGGUAAGAAGGUCUCUGAUAAGCGCAAGGACCUAAGGAGGAUGGAGAAACCGAUGUCCAUGCCGAUGUCGGCGCAGAUGCCCAACACGGCGGUGAUAAGCGGUCCGAGUAGCAGUGGAGGGUACAAACCCCCGACUCUUCAGGAAUUGCAGUCGCAGAAUAGGCUGAAAGCCCGGAAAUUCUACCCUAAGAAGAAAUUUAACAAUAGGUUCGCGCCUUACGCGCCUAGGAACACUACGUCGUUUAUAAUCAGGGCGAAGAAGGCGGGAGGUAUUGCCGAGCUGGUGUCGCCGUGUGCCGCGACGCCUGCAGUGCUGCCAACUCCGAUGUUCUCGCCGUCUAGGGAGGUGCUAGGGGAUAUGGCCAAGGAGGAGUGGGGUGUGGAUGGGUAUGGGUCGAUGAAAGGGUUGAUUCGGCUGCGUUCACCGGGUGGGAACGAGCACGAGGAUGAGGAGGAAGAUGAGAAUGGUGGGUCGAGUGAGAGUGAUGUGGAGGAGCACGUGGAAGUGGAGAGGAGGUUGGACCAUGACUUGAGCCGAUUUGAGAUGAUAUACCCGAAUUACAGUGGGGUUGAGUAUAACAAUGUGUUGGAGAAUAGGGUGGAUGAUCAGGAUUCACAUAUAGCGCAGUUGGAGGAGGAGAAUUUGACGUUGAAGGAGAGGCUUUUCUUGUUGGAGAGGGAGCUCGGGGACUUGAGGAGGAGGUUGCUGUUUCUGGAGAGGCAGAACAAGGUGAUGGAGGAUGUGAAUGAGGAGGUGGUGGAGAACGGUUCUGAAAACGAAAGUGGGGGUGGGUCGGAUGCCCCUGCUAUGAUGGGUUGUGAGAUCAAUUCGGAGAUGGAGUAUGUAUCUGGAAAUAGAGCCAGAGAGAGAAAUGUUGAUAAUGACAAUGAUGGGGCCUCGGACACCGAGGGUGUAGGGGAUGUUUCUAUGGAAGAUUUUGAAGAACGGACAGAGAUUGUUCCGAAACAAGUGGAUGCAGAAAAAAAUGAGCCCAAGGAUAAAGAAAUUGGAAAGGAAAAUGUGGUGAAGGAUGAGGAAAUGAGAGCUGAGUUUGUUAGGGAAGCUGUCAUUGCAGUGAAGGAUGAGGUCAAGAAAGAAGAAGCAAGGAAUGAGUUGGUACGAGAUGGAGAAGCAAUUGCAAAGGAAAAUGAAGUCAAAGUUGAAACGGUGAGGAAUGAAUUUGUACCGGAUGAAGUAAUGGCAAAGGCAAGGAAUGAGUUUGGACAAGACGGAUGGGUUGCGGGGAAGGAUCAGUCUAGGAAUGAGGAACUGGGGAAUGUGUGCUCAGAGAAGAGCAUUGGCGACGGUGACUAAUCUGUCCCGCGUUAAUAGUUAGAAAUACAUGGAAGGUUGUUACCUGAUUUCAAAAGGCACUGCCUGUAGGUGACCUGAACUCCGGAGAAGGUGGAACUGGGAGAAUCAAUAGAAGAUGAAUUCUCCAAGCUGCAUUCUUUCCUGCCUGUGAACAUGAGAAUUGGGAAAGUAGGAGCUCGCCCAAUGGCAUAUUGACUGCUUUAUGUGCUCAUACUUUUGGUGUUGAUGGCAUAUAUGUAGAGUUGGUAAAAGCUGAUGGUACAUCAUAAAUAGUUCUUUCCGUUGGUUGUUAGACCAUUAUUUGCAUAUACUGUUCUUUUUCUUGCAGUAAAUACUUGUGAUCUGGGCAGACAACUUCUUGCUGCUAACCAUGGUCCAGUCAUAUUUCCCUUGGCAAGACAGAUUGUCUGAAGAACAAAUUUUGGAAUCUCAAAAGGGGUGAAUUCAUUUUUAGUUCUAUACAGGGAACUGCAGUUAAACAUGUUCCUGUGAUCUCUCGGUAUCUCACUGGUUAGUUCUAUUUGAUGACCCACAAUGAUCAUUGAUUUUCACAAUGCAGCCAAGUAAGUUCAAAUCUCCAGCACAUCACUCAGAGGAUCUGGCAAAAAAUUCAGGUCAAGUUUGGGGUCUAUGCUGCAUAUUAUGUGAGGUACUGCGCAAAUUUCAUUCUUCCCCCAGCUUUUGUUGAAGCAAGCAUACUCUUCUAUAUGGCUGUUUCAUAUCCCUUUUUUGCCAUGACUUUUUGUUCACUCUUUGCGCAACUUCCAGCCUUUGCACCAAUGAGUUUUAGCUCAAAUAGUACUUCCUCCCUUUGUAGCAAGGUGAAGAGUGAGGUUGUGGAUUCAAGUCCAACCGGGUGCGUGUGUUAAUCUGGCCUUUUGCUCUGUUGACCGUGUUUCGCGCUCUCUCUUCUUAGAAGAGUAUAUAAAUACACUGUUAUGCGAUUGUCACUUCCUUUAGUGUUGUCUCUUUGUGCUUUUUUCUUUUUUCCUUGGCCUUUUAUGUACUGACACCAUGUUUGGUGCGAUGUGUCCUUGGAUUAGGUAUAACAUGUCUAGUUUUUGGCACAGGAUAGCCUGAAAUCCCAUUAUUUCGUAUUAAAGUCAAGACAUUUGUUUUCUGAUUGUGCUUUGGUUACCUCCCUCGUGCUUGGUAAAUUUGAAAGUAGAACUCGGCCAUACAUCUUUUACA